AUGGCUAGCCAAGAAUACUCAAUUACGGGUACCGAGAAGGGUCAACGUCUCGCUAAAGCGACCUACCCAACUUACAAUCGAAACAGACUUCCUACAUUACAAGAGGUUCUUAGCCGUAAAACGGCACCUCCAGUAUGCCUAUACAACUUCUAUCUUUACAUGAGGGAUAGUGCGUUUGCCUCCGAUUAUUUGGACUUUUAUCUCGAUGUCCUGGAACACGAAGUUAUAUGUAAAGCGUACGUGAAAGACCUGAAGAAACAAGGGCUAGAUGUAAAUAUCGAAUACCCAGAAUACGAAAGGUUUCGACCUGGAGGACUAAAACCUGAAAAAUAUGACCCAAGCAGACAAAGCAUAACGGCGAGCAACGAUGGUGUUCGUAGACAGUUGAGUAACUCCUCACGUGGAUCUAAUAGCACGAGUGUUACGGGUAGCGGGAUUUACGAACCUUCUUCGCGGCCGGUGUCACCAUUCGCUUCAAAUCCACAACACGUAAUUGACAUUUCAGCAGGGAGUAAAGGGCCACGGGGUCCGGGGAACCGAGAUUCCGUUCGAUCGAGCAAAACAAACAACACUGCCGGCAAUCUUUCCUUUUAUGAUCGGGAACGCCCUUUUACUAGGGAUGAUCUUCGAGAAUCGGCAGAGCGAAUUUAUUUUAAAUACAUUUUCCGAGGUUCCGAGAAAGAGAUCUACUUGUCGGAUCACAUUCGUGAAAAGAUUGCCCAUGCCAUUGAGGAAGAAAGUGACACACCAUAUAAAAGAGACGAUCCUUGGAUUUAUCAUGAGGCAAAAAAAGAAAUAUUUUCACUCAUUGAGAAUGAAUAUUUUCCAGGAUUCUUAAAAUCAAGAGCGUUCGGUUCACCGACACCGAGGCAUGUCAUUCACACUAGAGGCGCAUUGGCAGCAGUUGGUGCAAAUGCUACACAGAAUAAUCACGAUCAAUGUGAUGCGUGCGGUUACGGAGGACGUUUGAUGUGUUGUGACUCGUGCCCGAAGGCAUUUCACUUUACGUGUCUGGUGCCUCCUCUCGACGUUGACAAUCCUCCAAAAGGAAAUUGGUAUUGUCGAGAAUGCAGUUCCGAAAAGACAUCACCAUCAACGCCUGCACAAGGACCUUUCCAAGAGCUAAUAUAUAAAGCACGUUGCUCAAAUCCCAAAUCUUUUUUACUACCGGAUCACAUCCGUUAUGCAUUUGAAGACGUCGGCACUGGAUCUCAUGGAGAAUACAUCGAUUUGAACAAAGUAAAGCCCGAGCAAAGAGAUCGAAAUGGAUUCCUGCUGGAACCCGAUCAUACCCGUAUUCUAGAUGAAAAUGGGAAGCUCGUUCGUUGUUAUUCGUGCAAGCUUCCACCAAGCAAGACGAAACCUGCCAUGUCUUGUGACUAUUGUGAUCUUCAUUGGCAUUUCGAUUGUUUGGAUCCACCUCUCGUAAUUCCGGCACCGGCUAACAAAAGAUGGAUGUGUCCUUGUCAUGUAGAUCAUGCACUGCCUCCAUUACGGAGAUUGGCCUCUGAAAACAAUUUAUCCUCCAUCGAUAACACAGUUAUCGAGAAUCCAUCACAAAAAAAAUUCCAGAUUGAUUGUGAUCCGGAAUUUUACCUGAAUGAUGCAUUACACAAAUUACCCAAAAAUGGCGUUAAGCUUGAUUAUUUUGGACAGAUGCUUAGAGCAUUACAAGAAGAGAAAGAGAUCGAAGACGAAAAGCGGUCGAUCGAGAAUUCUGACAAUCCUUCAGAGGAAGAGGUCAUGCAAAAGUCUUCGGACGAUCUUGACGGCCUUCAUGAAGGAGAAAAAUUGGAUGUUAAAGAUCUAUCGUCAGACAUUAGUUCAAAUAAUGGCGAAGAAACUAAAGAAGAAUCGCGUGGUGUCAAAAGGACAAAUGAAUCUAUGGAAUUCGCAGAGUCGACUUCUACCAAGAAGACAUGCCAAAGCGAGAAGGAACAGGAAGAAUUCUCUUGUAAUGUUGCUGCUUCUGGCGAGUCUCAACGGAAGAAUUUGUUUGAUGGUCUUCUACUUGCGACUCAGAUCGAGAAAGAUGAUAAAGACGUACAGCAGAAUGAAACGGCAGCCGAUUCACAAAAGAACGACGUUGCGGUGAGCAUUGGUCAGCGGAAACAGCCACCUGUUGAACUAUCAUCUUCGCACAGCGAGAUUGAGGAAAGGUUGGGGAUAGAUGAAGAGGUUUACAAACAAAAUCCUCUACGCCUGUUAAUGGAAGUCGCGUUAGUGGAUAUGGAGUUGUCAAACAUACCACUGGAAACCGCUCUGGAAAUGCCAUCCAAGGGAUUCACUACCCCCUCCACUUUAGGUCCGAAACUCAGAUGGUGGAUCACAUGUGUGAAAUCGUGUUUGACUCCAUCGUUGAUGAAAGAUU